GCGUGAUGUGUUUGAGAACUACUACAGAAAGCAGAGGAGGAAACAGGCUCGCCUCGUACUGCAGCCGCACUCUAACAUGCACGAAACCUUGGAGGGAUACAGGCGAUACUUCAACCAGAUCGUCGGGUUCUUUGUUGUGGAGGAUCACGUUCUUCACACCACGCACGGUUUGGUCAACAGAGCGUACGUCGAGGAGCUGUGGGAGCUGGCGCUGUCCAAAAUAGUUGCCGCCCUGAGGACACACUCAUCGUACUGUGACGACCCCGACCUUGUGCUGGACCUGAAGAACCUUAUCGUCCUCUUUGCUGAUACACUGCAGGGUUACGGUUUCCCGGUCACACAGCUGUUCGACAUGCUGCUGGAGAUAAGGGAGCAGUACGGCGAAAUCCUGCUCAAGAGGUGGAACAUCGCCUUCAGGCAGGUGUUGGAUCAAGAUAACUUCAGUCCAAUCCCAGUGUCAACAGAGCAAGAGUACAGACACUACACUUCCCAGUUUCCCCUGCAAGACCCUGAACUGGAUAAGCUUCCCUUCCCCAAGAAGCUCCCCUUCUCCGAGUUUGUGCCAAAAGUCUACUGCCAGCUCAAAGAGUUCAUCUAUGCCUGUUUGAAAUACUCUGAAGAUCUGCACCUCAGGUACCUGCUCACAGGAUCUUCCCCUGUUACUGACUGA